GCUUGACAUAACGAAAUAAAUACGCCAGCACAAAGCAAUUAGAUUUAGUUUGCUAAAAUGAAUUCAUCAGGCAACAUGGUAAGUGACAUCGCUGAUUCCAUUUGGCUUGAAAUUUUUUCGUACCUCCCGAAAAGAGAUUUGGUAACUGCAUCCUCAGUAUGUAGCAGAUGGCGACGUGUUGCUCUCGACAAAUAUCUUUGGCGAGACAUAUCCUCAGAAGAAAUAGAGCUAUCGAACCUGGUUAAGGAUAAAGUUGUCACACAUCUGUUAAAUUAUGGGCAAAACAUCGAAUCGUUAACAUUAUUAAAUUGCUCUAAAGUAAGCAACAAAGUUCUUUUAACUUUAUCCCUUAAUUCUACAAGGCUUCAUACUUUAAAUCUUGAGGGUUGCCUUAAUAUAUCUGAUCGUGGUGUUAAAUCAUUAGCUAACAGUUGCAAAACAUUGAAAUCUAUAAACUUGUUGGAUACUCGAGUAACAGAAACAGGCUUAUCGUAUCUAAUUGCAGAAAACUUAAAACUAACAGAGUUAAAAGCAAGUACUUCAGCUGUUACAGAAUAUACAAUACAGGUGUUAACUGGACAUUGUAAACACCUAGUGGAUCUCCAUGUUGAACCAAAUAUAGAUCUCAUUGAAACAGGAGUUAUCAAACAAAGCAAAGAAGUACUCACAAAUGAAAUGUUAGUUUAUAUUGCUGUAAACUGCCCAUGUUUGGCCACGCUUAUAUUACAUUAUCCUGUUGUGCUCGUAAGUGAUUGGGCUAUGGCAAUUCUUGGUCUUAGUUGUAAAAUGUUAGAGUGCAUAGAGUUUGGUUCAUCAGAUCAAGAGUCGAAAAUUUCUGAUGUUGGUGUUGUAAAUUUAUGUUUGCCAUUAAAAAAAUUGCGUCGUUUAGAGCUAAAAGAUACAGAAGUAACAGAUGCAUCUUUGCAUGCAAUUGCUUCAUCUUGCACUGACAUUGAACAUCUGGAUCUCCAAAACUGCCGUAAACUCUCAGAUAUAGGUAUACUGAACUUAAUAAAACAUUGUCAGAAUCUUGAAAGUUUGACCCUUGGAAGUGGAUGGGAAGGGAAUCUAACAAAUAUCAGUGCAAUAGGCCUCUCGCAAUCACAGUGUGUUAAAAAUUUAGUUUCCUUAAAAAUGUAUACCUGGGACAUAACCGAUUUUGGUUUGUAUGUGCUGUCCACCAGGCUGUCGCAACUUGUUCACUUGUCGAUUGAAGGAUGUACAAAAAUUACAUACAACGGAUUAAGGGAAUCGUUGGAAAUGUUAAGCUCCCUAAAAACAAUUGAUUUAUCAUUCACCCAGUGUAUCAAAUGCGAUGCUGAACUCUUGUCAUUAGUGAAGUAUUUUCGUGAGUUGUUGAUGUUGGUUAUGUACGAAUGCAAAGGUGUAUCAGCAUAUGGUUUAAAUGACUUAAAAUGUUAUCUUCCAUUUUGUGCAAUAAAAUCAGAGAAAAUAAUGCUGAUGUAAAAUAAUUAUAUGUUUAUUCAAAAUAAUAGUUUUUCAAUUUGCUAAUUCCCUUAUGUUCUUUUCAGAAAAAUAAUGAAUAAAUUAGGUUUUGUUCUGUGUGAAUUAGUUUUUCUUAUUUAUCUUUCUUUUACUGGUUGUAUAUAAAUAUAUGAUGUAUAUAUAUCUGUAUAUUUGUGUAAAUAGUUUUAAAGAAACAUAAGUUUUAUUGUUACA